CACGCAUGACAAUAUGGACGCGGACGUGCGCUGUCCCUGAGAACAUGAGGAGGGCAGGAAGGGAGAGUUAGGAUUAAAAAUGUAGGUCACGACAGUAAGCUGUAUAUCCAUGUGGACUGCGUGACAUUGUGUGCUAGCUGCUUAUCCUGCAUGGGAACCUGUCCAAGCUUUGUGAUCCCUGCUACACGUAAUAAAAAGACCUCUUAAGUUGCACUUAGACACACAGACACACACAGACAUGUUCAAGUCCUUCCAGCGUGCUCCCAUGUGCAGCAUGAGCUCUCGUCUGCAUUGCACACCAGCUCUCAGACACAGCAGUGGAGCAGGACCUCAUAAGUCUGGGGCUGCUGCAUGGCUUGAGUCUCUCUUCACGUGGCUCCAGAAACCAGGAAGAGGCUAUGGUGAGACCGUCCCUGGCAAAAAGAAGCGAGAAGGGCUUCUGUCUAUCUUGGCUGACCACUGCAGCUUUGUGACUGGACAGAGGCUGAGGCGAGCAUUACAGAUCGCAGAGCUCUACUCGAACCUUUACUCUGAGAGGAGCAGGCGGACACUGGUGGGCAACAUUUGGCGUGGACUACAGAACAGGCAGGCCCCGACUGGCAAACUGCUGGCUGCCCUCGCAGGGGUUUUCAUGUGGGAGGAUGAGAAGAUAAAAGACGAUGAGAUUAGAAGGUGUGCAUGGGAACUCCAGGCUCUGGAUGAUGUAAAGCAGCAGGCCACCAUGGGGAAGGCAAGUGUGCAGGCUGAGGAUGGCUGGGAGAUUGUAAUGGAGAAGAAGAGCUUUAAAGUGUGGAGGAGACCCUUUGAAGGAAGCCAUUUGUUUGAGUAUCGAGUAUUUGGUUCCUACACCGAUGUUACUCCAAGACAGUUCUUCAAUGUUCAGUUGGACACUGAAUACAGGAAGAAGUGGGACGCACUGGUGAUCAAAUUGGAGGUGGUGGACCGGGACCUGACCACGGGGUCAGAAGUCGUCCACUGGGCCACACAUUUCCCUUAUCCGAUGUACUCACGAGAUUAUGUGUACGUGCGCCGCUACAAAGUGGACGUAGAGAACAACCUGAUGGUCCUGGUGUCCAGAGCUGUGAAACAUCCUGUAGUUCCUGAGAUGCAAGAGUUUAUCCGAGUUCACUCGUAUCGCUCCAGGAUGGUUAUCCGACCCCACAAGUCCUUUGAUGAGAAUGGAUUUGACUAUCUGUUGACGUACAGCGAUGAUCCUCAGACGGUUUUCCCUCGUUACUGCCUGAGCUGGAUGGUGUCUAGUGGCAUGCCUGAUUUCCUGGAGAAGCUUCACAUGGCUGCUAUCCGAGCGAAGAACCACGAGGUUGGCGUUCAUGACUACGUGGGUGUGAUGAAGCCGGUGCAGCAGCCCUCUCCGGAGAGGCUGGAGGAGGAAACGCACUCGACGGCAUCCUCCCGUAUUUACGCAUGAGAGAAGUGUGCGAGUGGAGGGCGUUUCAUUAGAUCUAAGAGACCUCGGGUUUGAUUCAGCACAGGCACGGAAGAGAUGAGCAGCGAGACAGAGCCUGAGGAGGAAAAAUGAGAGAGCGAGAGACUUCUGCUUCUGCUGCUACUGCUGCUGCCAACAACACUGUUUCUAUUCUACACUAUUAGUGUGUGUGUGUGUGUGUGUGUGUGUCAGUCACCAUGUACACGUGGAAUUAUUUUGAGAGUCAGAACGGGACAAAUUGGCAUGCACUCACUCAGCUGUCUAUUUAUUGCUCCUGGAAGUUUUACUUCCCCAAACUUCUUCUCAGGUAAAGGAUAAAUAAGAAUAAAUAAAUAAACCAGAGAGGAGGUAGGAGAGCGAUAUUUCUUUCUUUUUCUCUCUCUCUCUCUCUCUCUCUCUCUCUCUCUCUCUCUCUCUCUCUCUCUCUCUCUUUGCCAACAAUCUCACCAAGCUAGCAGCGCACAAAAUAUCCGUCCUAUUUGGAGUUGUCAACACUUAACGUCAUUAAAACGUACGUGCUUAAAAUAUCCCAGUUCCUUUAACACAAGGUGUCGUGCCAAUGCUUCUGAGCCGCACGUUCCAAAGAUAAAAGAAUGUACGAUAAACCUCAGUCAAUACCAAGCAUGUGUGCAAAAGUUUGUACACCUGUAGGAAAGUUUUUUUUUUUUUUUUUUUUUUUUAAUCGAGCCCCCGUGUAUUAUAGAUCUGUUUCUUUAGUAGCAAAAAUGAUCUAACUGAGAUCGUUUCAGAUUACUAUAGCGUCCGUCUUUCUAAUACAUGAUAUAACUCUCUCUAAACUCCUUGGUGUUCCAGAAGUCCUAUACAUAAGGAAAAUGAACACUUAAUGAACAGAACGUCUUCCAUAGUUGCCUUUAUGCCUUUUAAUGCCUUUGAUGACAGAGCAAUGUGUAAUGUUAGCUGGAAAAGUUACAGCACAAAGAUCACUGAAAAGAAUUAACAGCAAAUAACAUCCGACGUGAUAAGAGUUCAUGAGUACAUAAGAACAUCAUGAGUUGGAGAGACAACUUUGUUUACAAAGAAAUGGUAGUCAUGUAGAGGAUGUGUUAUUAGCCUAGUUUUUGCUAAAAAAAAAAAAAAGUUCAUUUUUCCAGAGUAUAGAGACUUGAGACUGAUUUUCAAAUCUUGACGAAUUUACUUCAAUGUUAAAUUCAAACUACAAUGUUAAUUGUAACUGCUCGAAAUUCUUUCUGCCCAGAGAAGAGGAUUGGGGUCGGAAAAUGCCCACGAGACUCGUGCGGUCUUGUCAUAUCACUCGUGCUCACAAGUGCAUAUCACUUGGUUCACACAUACUCUAACCCUCUGGUCCUCGCAUUUCUCAAAGCAGCAUGUCUUCAGGAAGUGGGGGAUAUUUCAUAGUGACCGCAGUGUCUUUACUAACAUGCUACACUUCCUCUUCUGCUGCAAGAUCCGUGUCUGUUUUCUCCUGAUUUGGCAUCACACGCUGUUUGUGCUCAUCAUUGCUGAAUAGUAAUAAUAACAAUACUUGCGUGAUUGUUAUAAAUAGUAGUCUUGCAGCGUUAAUGAUAAGAACCCACGAUUUCUGAUAACGCCAGUUGAUAUUUUAAUUGCUGGAUCUAUACCAUUCGUGGGAUGGAUUGCAAUCUCUGACUAAACAAACACCACAGAUUUAUAUUUAUAAGCAUUUAUAAUGAAUCCUACCAGUAAAUAUUUAUCCAUUGUCUGUACUACGUAUCCUAAUAUUCAAUACAGGAAAUAUUUUAGACUAGGUGGCAGUUCAUCACAGGGCACACACACACACACACACACACACACACACACACUAUGGAUGUGUCAGUCGUGUCUUUGGACUGUGAGAAAACUAAACAAUCUGAACUUGACAUUUUACCUUUCCUCUUGUGGUUUAAUGUUAAGGCAUCAUGACUUUGAAGCCUCUCAUCUCUACGUUCAUCCAAGAGACAAAUGAAAGACGCUUAUUGGAAUAUUUUGAUAUGUGGCAAAUGAAUACAGUGCUCAAAUGUGGCAGCGUGUUUGUUUUAAACUGUUUGAUGGAGCCGAUCUUUGGAUGGCUUUUUGACGUGAAGGGUUAAUGUGUUUACUUGUCUCAUGAGUUAGAAUUGAAUCUUCACCCAUUAUGUACCAACACAACAAAAGCUUCCUGACAGAUUUCUCACACAUGCAAAUUUGCGGUAGUUCUCAGAAAUGUGUGUGUUCUUUUAUCGCAUAUUUGACACCGCCUUUGUUCAACUGCUAGAGCUAGCGUUCAUACGUCAUUUCAUCUUUAAAAAUAAGAAAACCUCUCUGCAUAUAUAUUAAAUCCCACCUCCACUUUGUUCACAUAAUCGACUCUGAUGCAUCAGACAAUAACAUAAGCAAUUCUCUGAACAUUUCUUUAUGUUUCACUAUCAGUAUUCAAGCCGAGAGAUCGGAUUUUCAGUCAUAUUAGUCGUGAAAGAUGUUUAAGUUUAUGGCCUUGAUGUUCCAUCGCUAUCAGUUUCGUAAUCAAGAUACUCCGGACUAUUAACAUGGGAUUGUCAGCACAUCCCCAGUAUCAGAUUCAUAUUUGUGUGAAUUAACAUUUCCGUAAAUGAUCUUGCACUAUUCGAGAAUCUGAUAAAGAUUAUCUGAGACUAACUGGAUUGAUAGAAACCUUUUUUAACAGGUCAUUUAUGUUUUUUCUUUAGUCAAUUUUUUGAUGGCUUGAGUGCACUCCGAACUUUAUCUUGACUGGUAUGAUGAUUUUUUUUAACGGUAUAGAUGAACCAUAUCUCUGAAAUAUAUAUAAAAAUGUGCUUAUUCUUGAAAUCUAUGAUUAGAGAAGAUGCCAUUAUAAGGCAGGUACGGUGUGAGGUGGACGUAAUGUAGAUCCUUUUGAGAGCUUAACGUUAAACCUUUCCCAGUUGCGUGCUUGGUGUUUAAGUGAAGGCUUUGGCCAGUUUAUUUGUUUGCCCACAGACUUAAUGUUUUUUCUUCUUCUGCUUUUUUUUUUGUGUGUGAAUCCGGUUGAAUCAGUAGCAUUCCUAGAGCUUUAUGAAGAGACCACAAUUCUCAUUGGAUUUCUCCAUUUAGGCCAGUCUCCCCCCCCCCCCCUUUUUUUUUUUUUUUUUUUUUUUAUAUAUAAAGUCUCUCUCUUUUUAUUGCAGAGACACUGUCGCUAUAACAUCGCAAAAUUAUUAAAUCCAGCCUGUUUUUAGCAGUUGUAUAAAAUGUUCUUGCAUUCAGGUGCUGUUUACUAAAAAUACCUAAAAGCAAGCAUUCAUUCAUCUCAUUUACUUCACAAAACAAAACAAAACAAAACCCAGAACUCUGUAACACGUGUGUCAUGUAAUCCCGCUACAGUACAGUAUGAUAGGUUAUGAGAGUGAUGUGUAUUAAAUGUUGAUGAGUAAAAUGUGCAAAAUUGUUCGAUUUCUUUAAAAGACAAAAAUACAUUAACUGGAAAUCAAAAUUCGAUUUGGAUUCGAGUGAUUUAUUUUUUCUUAAUUGCAUUUUUUCUUUAAUACGUAGCGCUUAGAAGGGAACUGUAGGUAAUAAUGUACUAUAAUGCAUUGAGGUUUUUUUUUAAAUAAUUUGCACUUCUUUAACCCAGAUUUUCAGAAUGAAUCAAGGCCAAAACAAAGAGUUUUUCUAAAGUAAAGUUUAAAGUGAAAAAAAAAUUAAAAAGUGUGUUAAUAUAUAAUUUUUUCUAAAAUUCUUCUAGCGAGUCAAAGCAUAAAAUGAACUCGUGUUUGAAGCAUGUGAUAAAUAUGGAUUUGCAUUUGAGGAAAUUGUUCAAACGGCUGUUUCAUACUUUCAGCAUGAAGAGUGUGUUGAUGUGUAGAUGUUUUUAACAACUCUAUACACUGUGUGUGUGUGUAGGGGUGGAUUAGGUUAAUGCUCAGCUUAUAAAUGUAACAGGUUUUUCUAGACUGAAAUGAAAUGGUUCUGUCUUUGUUAAUUGGUGUGGGUGUGUGUGUGUGUGUGUGUGAAUUUUUCCACAUGAAUUAGAGUUUAAUGAAGCAGCAAGUGUCACCUGUAUGUUGUCAGCUGUUGUCGUUUGUUUUCUCUCAUGUUACACGCUGGCAUUUAUUAACAAUACAACAAUUUCCAUUAA